UCUUCUUCUUCAACACAAGCAAAUCUCUCUCUCUGAAUAAAAUCCAAAGAUUUCUCUCUUUAAAAUUAAAAAAAAAAAAAAUUUAGAGACGCAAAUGUCUCUGAGAAGGUCGUGUCUCUCUCGAAGGAUCUCGAGAUCGUUCUCGUUCAGGGAGACACAGAAAUCGUUGAAAGAGACGCGACUCAGCGGCGCCGGUGACGACUCGGCUGAGUCGGACUCGGCCUCCGGGUCGUGGGCCGGGAUGCUGCCCGAAUUGUUGGGAGAAAUCAUAAAGCGCGUGGACACGAGUGAGGAUCGCUGGCCUCAGCGCCAAAACGUCGUCGCAUGUGCGUGCGUUUGUAAGAGAUGGAGAGAUAUUACGAAAGAUAUUGUUGGGUCUCCUCUUCUUAAUGGAAAAAUAACUUUCCCUUCUUGCCUUAAGCAGCCGGGUCCACGCGACCUUCCUCAUCAUUGUCUGAUAAAGAGGAAUAAGAAAACCUCAACCUUUUACCUUUAUCUUGCUCUUACGCCAUCAUUCAACGAUAAGGGAAAGUUUCUUUUAGCAGCUCGGAGAUAUAGAUGUGGUGCUCACACUGAGUAUAUUAUGUCACUUGAUGCCGAUGAUCUAUCUCAAGGAAGUAAUGCCUACGUUGGAAAAUUAAGUUCGGAUUUUCUUGGCACAAACUUUACAAUCUAUGAUAGUCAGCCACCACAUAGUGGUGCAAAGCCUUCAAGCAGUAGGUCUAGUCGAAGAUUUGCAAGCAAGCAAAUAAGCCCCCAAGUACCGGCGGGCAAUUUUGAGAUUGGACAAGUCUCUUAUAAGUUUAACCUCCUAAAGUCAAGAGGUCCAAGGAGAAUGGUUUGCACACUGAAGUGCCCAUCAUCAGGAGAAACGGCUAGUGACAAGUAUCUGGACAAUUCUGAGAUGAAGAAAUCAGAGACUGCUGUUUCUGGGUACACAGUUUUGAGAAAUAAAUCGCCAAGGUGGCAUGAACAUUUGCAGUGCUGGUGCUUGAAUUUCCAUGGACGGGUAACAAUAGCAUCAGUAAAGAACUUUCAGCUGGUAGCAACAGUGGACCAAAGCCAACCAGGAGGAAAAGGAGAUGAAGAAACAGUUCUCCUCCAGUUUGGUAAAGUGGCAGAUGAUACUUUCACAAUGGAUUACAGGCAGCCGUUGUCAGCCUUCCAGGCAUUUGCCAUCUGCCUUACAAGCUUCGGCACAAAAUUGGCAUGUGAGUAACAUGGUUGGGUAUGUUAUAUAUAGUUACCGGUUCAGGUGGAUGUUUUAUGAUUAUUGCUUCACUUACUGUAGUCUUGAACAGUUUUGUGGGAGGAAGCAUAUGAUGUACAUGUUGCUGUUGUAUGAGUACAACUUUGUUGAAUUAUUAUUGGUUGCUUAAAAAUCUUCCAAUGGCUAGAAACAGCGUCCAAGAAUUGAUUAUUAGCGCCCAUUGUUUAGAGUCGGUCGUUUGGAGCAGGGAGUCUCUCUGGUAUCUGAUAAUGCUUAUAUUUAAGCUAAAAGAAUUGUGCAAUUAAACUCCGGGAUUCAAAGGCGAAACGGUCUUUGUAUUUUGCAAUGCA